AUGGACACUGUGAAAGCGGUUAUUUUGGACUUGGACGGUACACUCCUCGACACAGAAAGCUUGGUAUUGGAAGUAGCUCGUUCAGUCUUGGAGAAGCAUGGCCAAAAGCUUACUGCAGCAGUCCAGAAAGCUGCAAUUGGGCGCAAACCCAUUGACGCUUGGCAGGCCACUAUAGAUCUGCUGGACAUGCAGAACAUCACCGCUCAACAAUUGUUUGACGAGAGCGAGCCGUUUCUGAAGACAAGGUGGCAAGAUGCUCGGCUGAUGCCGGGAGCCGCAAGGCUGCUGUGGCACCUGCACAGCCAUGGAAUACCCCUUGCUCUGGCAACCAGUACACCGCGCGCAACGUACGAAAGAAAAAUGUCGGGGAAGGCAGCACAGGCUCUCACUGCUGUCUUCCAGACCACAAAGUGCGGUGAUGAGGUGGAGCACGGCAAGCCGGCGCCGGACUGCUUCCGAGCCACGGCGCAGAAGAUGGGCGUGGCCCCGGAGCAGUGCCUGGUGAUCGAGGACGCUCCCAGCGGCGUGCAGGCGUCCAGCGCGGCCGGCAUGCGCGUGGUGGUUGUGCCCAGCAUCAGGGACCUGGACGCAUACCCCAAGCCUGACCCCGGCUGCACAUCAGGCUGUAUCGCCAUCCUUCCGUCGCUCUUUGAUUUCCGGCCAGAGACUUACGGGCUUCCACCCUUUGAUGACUUCAUUUGCGGCGAGGUGGUCCCCAUACAGCCGCCUUGGCUCAUCAAAGGCACCGUUGUGAAGGGCUUUGGGCGCGGCUCUCGCGAGCUUGGCAUUCCCACUGCCAAUCUGGACAGCGAGUCACUUCAGGGCGCUCUUUCAGAGGCAGUAUCAGGUGUCUACUGCGGCUGGGCUAGCAUCGGCAACUCUGCCACAGUCUACAAGACCGCCAUGAGUAUUGGCUGGAAUCCCUUCUACAAGAACAAGCAGAAGACAGCAGAGCCUUGGCUGCUUCAUGACUUUGACAAAGACUUCUAUGGAGAGGAAUUGAGAGUUCUCGUGACAGGCUAUAUUCGGCCUGAAGCAAACUUUGAGUCUUUGGAGGCCCUCAUAGCUCGCAUUCACAAAGAUGCAGACGUGACGCGAGAAGCUUUAGAACAAGAGCAGAUGGCGUGCCUGACUACAGAUCCCUUUUUGCAGCCUGUUGUUUGAGAAUUUGAUCAAAGUCUUCGCCAGAUACUGCACUAUUCAACCAAAAUAUUGCAAGUUUUUCAGGAUGCAGUCAAGUCACGUGUACACAUGCGCCACAUGAUUAUUGUUGCUUUUCAAAGCGUAGCAUUCAGUUUUCAAAGCGUAGCAUUCAGUGCUUACACAGUGUACUGCUGCUACACAGUACUCUGCAGUCGAUGUAAUCUGCAGUCA